UGGAGGUGUUCCAGAGCUGUGGAGAUGUGGCACUGAGGGACGUGGUCAGUGGGCACGGUGGGAUGGGCGGGGGUUGGACUUGAUCUUUGGAGAUCUUUCCCAACCUUAAUGAUUCUAUGCUACUACGAUAGUUGUUGAAGGAACAAUCUUUUAAUGUAACAAUUCUAACAGUUUUUAGCUCUGUUAAUUUGUUGUCGGUCACCAAAGAGCUUGGCCACCGCUGUGGGAUUUGGAUUUUUGUGGUUCUGUUCUCAGCCCGGGGCUGGCUGCUGUCACAGACUGAUCAUGGAUGAGUUGUUCUGACACUGCCGAUGCCAGCGGCAGAGCCUGGGCUGGUGUCUGGGCUCACAGGGUGCCAGGGAACACCAUGCUGGCUGAUGCCAUCCCCCUGCCCACAGCCCCCUGGGCCCUCUGGUGUGGAAAGAGCUGCUAGCAAAAAGAUCUUUGAUAUCAUUUAUUUUCUGCCUCCCAGUGUCAGUGGGCUGGCAGUCAGUGUGGGUGACAAUCUCUGUGGCCAUCCAGGGACUUCCCGAGAGAUGAGUAAUUGUGCUAGUCCUGGUGGGUCCCUGGGUUUUUGCUUGCAGCACUGGGACUCUGAGUUGUCCUCGUGGUGACUGAGCAUCUGCUUAAAUGUCUCCCCUUCCUGCUGGCAUCAUCCCUUCAUGACAGGAUCAGAUCAACACAAAACUUUCAGACUAUCUUCCUCCCACUGUCUCGGUUCACUGGGAUCUUGCUCAAAUGGCUUGAAUUCCUCGUGUCUCACAAGAAUUCAUCUGCCAUUCUGAAACAGAUGUUCUAUAGAGAAGUAUGGUCAUUGUUAAGUCAUUCUAAGUGGAUAUUUCAUGUUUGUAUAUCCAUUUUGUGUGCAGUUGCAAUCAAAGAUUCUCCCCAGAGCUAUGAGACCUGCAGAUAAUAGCAGUGUGUGCUGUUACGGUUUCAGGACCCCAGUUUGCUGGCAAUGGAGAGCGUCUCUUCGUCCCCAUCACCCUUCACUGACAGCUCCCCCUCCAUGCCCUCUGGGAAUGCCACGGCCCACGACCACUACUCUGGCCUCCAGAAAAGCCUGCAUGUCCUCUCCAUGGUGGUGUACAGCAUUGCCUGCGUGCUGGGAGUGACGGGGAACGGCCUGGUCAUCUGGAUUGCAGGCUUCAAGAUGAAGAAGACGGUGAACUCAGUGUGGUUCCUCAACCUGGCCAUCGCUGACUUCAUCUUCACCUUUUUCCUGCCCCUCAGCAUUGCCUACACGGCUCUGGACUUCCACUGGCCCUUUGGGAAGCUGCUGUGCAAGCUGAACAGCACCAUCGCCUUCCUCAACAUGUUUGCCAGCGUCUUCCUCCUGAUGGUCAUCAGCGUGGACCGCUGCAUGGCCGUGGCCUUCCCCGUGUGGUCUCACAACCGCAGGAGCCCGGAGCUGGCAUCCAGGGUCGCGCUGGGGACGUGGGGCCUGGCCGUCCUGCUCAGCUCCCCGUACCUCGUUUUUCGUGACACCGCGCUCAGUUCCCGUAACAUCACCAGCUGCUAUAACAACUUUGCGCUGUCUGAUGACUACACGGCCGAGGAGACACGGAGGCUGUGGAGGAUGAGGCACAAAGCAAUGAUCAUAACACGGUUCUUAUGUGGGUUCCUCAUCCCCUUCACGGUGAUUCUCAUCUGCUACAGCAUUGUUGCUGUUAAGCUGAAAAGAAGGCAGCUAGCCAGCUCUGCGAAGCCAUACAGAAUUAUCAUUGCUGUCACGGUCUCAUUUUUCCUCUGUUAUUUCCCCUAUCAUGUCUUCUCCUUGCUAGAAAUAUCCCAAAACUCUUCCAGUCAUGAGAUGAAAAUGGCCCUUUACAUAGGAAUCCCCUUGGUUUCCAGCCUUGCUUUCUUCAACAGCUGCAUUAACCCCAUCCUGUAUGUCUUUGUGGGGCCAGAUUUCAAGGAGAAGUUUUGCCAGUCCAUCCUGUCAACCUUUGAAGGGGCCUUCAGUGAGGAGUCGGUGUUGGGCAGCCUGAGCAGCAGGAGGAAGUCCAGGUCUGCCUCGGAAGCAGAGGUCCCAAGGCUCUGAGUGGGCAUGGUUCAGCACGGGCACCACUGGAGGGCAGUUCUCUCCUCCUCUCUCCUUUUCCUCUCUUCCUCUCUUUUUCCUGCUGAUUUGUCACAACUUCCCAUUUUUAGCAGGCAACCCUUUAAAAAGGUCUCAGAGUCUGUGACUCUGCUGACAGGCCUCCCUUUAUUUUCCCUUCUCUCCAGCGUCCUUCAGCCAUGUGAAGCAGCCUCUGAGCCCAGCGGGGUCACCUUGUAGGCACCUGAUUCUGUUUGCAUCGCCACUGGGUUCACCCCCACGGCAUUCCUACAUGGCAAGUGACCCGCUGAGAGGAUGUGUUCCCUGCACUUGCCAGGAUUUUCUGGCAGCCAGACUUUGCUGGGAUGCAAAAAUUCUGGGGUUCCACCAGGGGGCAAAAUUGGAUGCAGGUGUGCUGGGACUAUAGGCAGCUGGCACUUCAUCCUGGAAGAGGGUGGAGGGAAGAGCUGCUUCAUAAAUCCCUUAUAAUUAAAUCAGUAAAGAAAAUACAUCUUUUCCUGUGCAUCAUAUCAAUCUGGCACAUGGGCUGCUAAAGUUUAAGUAGAAAAUGAUUAAAUUAAAAAAAAAAAGCAGCAUGAACAUGCAGUGGGAUCUGCCUGGAAGCACUUUUGCAAAUGCAACUUUUAAAGAAAUAGGAUUAAAUGAGGUGGUUAUGUGUAUUUUUGUAGGGUCUGGGCUAGCUAGGAAAACAUUCAUCUUUUCUCUCCUGAGAUGAGUUAUUGGUUGUGUCCCACUUACUCAGGUUUGAUGUUCAGUGUAACUGUUCCUGAGCAAUGCUUCACAUCUGUGUUUGACCUGCUUCUAGCCCUUGUAUAGCUGAAACCUGUCGUUUUGUACUGUUGGUGAAUGGAUAUUAAACUCCAUUAAACUUAUUUAAAAGAAA